CAUAACCUCGCAACUUCUCGCGCGUCAUCUGUGACAUCACCUGAAUGACAACUUCUGUCAUGUGGCCCGGAGUUUUAUAUCGUAGUUUAGUUUAAUCAGUAUUUGCGAAAGUAAGAUAGUGUACGCAGUGGAGACAUGGUAGCUAGAUCUUUAUCAAAAGCUGAAUGGAUAGCCACGGUCUCACUGGCUGCAGGAGCUGCUGCCGUUGGCUACUUGGUCUAUAAACACCGUCUUUCCAAAAAAAGAUGCAAGUCAUGUGUCAACCUUGACAUCCAGAAGGAGAUCCCAAAGAUUGUUCAUGCUUUUGACAUUGAAGACUUGGGAGAGAAGACUGUAUACUGUCGAUGCUGGAGAUCGAAAAAGUUUCCUUUUUGUGAUGGCUCCCAUACAAAGCACAAUGAAGAGAAUGAAGAUAAUGUUGGUCCACUGCUAAUCACAAGAAAAGACGUUUAAGUAACUGCUUUUCACUAACAUGCAAUCAAAAGUAUUUGAAAGUUGUAUAUUUUAAAUUAAAUGCACUUUAUGUAUAUGUAUUGCAAAAUACUGUAGAUGAAAUGACUAAUACUACUUUUUUGAAAAACAAAGGAACUGACAAGUGAUUUGAUGACUGUUGUAAUUUGUUCUGUAUUAAAGUAAUACACAAGAAUUAGUUUAUUUGGAAUGUAAUUUGCCUUAGUAUUCUUAAUAUCCAUGCUGCUGUUGGACAAUUUGCACUGACUUUUUAUGCAUUUUUAAUUUUUUUUUGUAAUUUUAUUAAUGUACUAGUAUAAACACUCCAGUACAUAAUAAAGUAACAUUCAGCUUAAAUAAACUUGUCAUGAUGCUGAAAACUACACGCAUCUAGUAUUUAACAUGUUUCAGUACUUGUCCAAUUAAACUGUGAUUAUAACAGUGACCAAACAUAUUUAGAAAAUAAAUAUAUUAUUGAAAGCAAAUAAAUGCUGUAAAUGUGCUUUUACUAGAAAAUGAAAAACAAUAUUUCUUGCUACAUCCUGAACCAUUAACUGUUACUGAAAAUAGUAAA